CUGGCACAGGAGCGUUUGAACGCAGCUUUGCCCUGUGAAACACACAUGGCUAAUGAACCACAACACCGUCCUCUUGUGUCCUCAUUGGUCCGCAGGUGAUUAACAGGAUUGGCUGUAAGUAGCUUUCGCAGAAAGGUAAACGUUACAGUGAAGCGGGAGAAAGUUCUCCGGCCGAAAAAAAAAAGCGACGCAGGGAAACAUGAGCUAAAACGACACUUUGAGAGCCGUCAGACCUCCCGGACUCUCGUUUGAAGUGCGUGUGAGACGUUAGCGGACAUGGUGGAGGUAUUUACCGGGCGGACGCUCCUCAAUAAAGACGGGGACUUCGUCGAGCCCGAGGAGGCGUUGAGGAAUAAAGUGGUCGGCAUCUACUUUUCAGCAGGAUGGUGUCCGCCUUGUCGCGACUUCACCCCCAUCCUGUGUGAUUUCUACACGGAGCUGGUGGAGGAGCGCGACCCUCCCGCUCAGUUUGAAAUAGUUUUCGUCUCUUCUGACAAGUCGUCCGACGACAUGGUUGAAUAUUAUCAUGACAUGCACGGAGACUGGCUGGCUCUGCCCUGGACGGAUGACUACAAGCAUGAGUUGAGGCAGCGCUACAAGAUCACAGCGGUGCCCAAACUGGUGAUCGUGAAGGAGAACGGCGACAUGAUCACAGACAAGGGCAGGAAGCAGAUCAGAGACCGAGGCCUGGCCUGCUUCAGGUCCUGGCUGGACGCUGCAGAGAUCUUUCAGAACUUUAAGGGUUAGAAAGCAACGACGAAGAUGUGUAAGAUUGUUCUUUUCAUGCUGCAAGUCCUUUUAGCAAGCUGAACAAAACCAAAGUAAAAUAUUUUUACGUUCGCUUUAGUUCAGUGGUUCCCAAACUGGGAGAUGAUCGAAGGGAUAUGAAGAAAAAAAAUAUAUUUAUGUUGUGCAAAAUUGUGUUAAUUUAUUCAGAUUUUUCUCUAUUUUAUGCCUUUUAACUUGACAAAUCCAGGAUAUUUUUACCUCUUAAAUGCUCUAAAACCCUUCAAAUGAAACAAUCUGAUGAGGAAAAAUGUAACUUUGCUUGAAUUGCUCACAGGUUAUGCUUCAAUGAGGGGUUUACAUGUUGAUAUUGAUUUGUUUUUAAGGCUUCAAAAGCCAAAAAAGUUGGGGGAACACUGCUGUAGUUGCUGACUUUUACCAAACAUCCUAUGCAUUUAAGACAAACCUCAGGCAUGUCCAUUAUGGUUCACAUGAGAAAAAUGCUACUGUAGUUUCUCCUGUUGUUUGAAUAUGCAUUCAUUUGUGUUCUUUAUAGGCUUGUGCACAAAACAGCUGAAUUUCACCCACAUGAAGUCGAUAUCUUCUUUCCAGAGAGCUUGCUUUUGUAUAUUUAAGCUUUGACAUGUAGUUCUACCUUGAGCUGCCUGUAUAUUUUUGUAUUUUGUUUUUUAUGAGUUGUUGAAACAGUUCUUAUUAAAAAACAUAUAGUGUG